AAAAAAAAUUCUCCCUCUUUCUCUUUUACUUUUCCCAAAGUGAACAAGUCCAAUUGAAACUCCAUCCCAAAACGACGCUCCUCGACGACCAAAACGACCGUCACUUCCAACAUCAGAAUCCUCGUUUUCUCCCCCGAGGCAGCAUCAUCUUCUUCUUCUUCUUCCUCAAAUUGAAUAUACAGAGAGUAUAGUGUUUUUGUGCGUGUGAUUGAUUCGUUGACUUGGUUUUGAAGAAGAAGAAGAAAAUGGAGCAAUCGGUUGUUGAUGACAUAAUCAAUCGACUGCUUGAAGUUCGAAAUCGUCCUGGGAAGCAAGUUCAACUAUCAGAGUCAGAGAUCCGUCAACUCUGCAAUGUUUCUAGAGAUAUUUUUCUCAAACAACCUUUUUUAUUACAACUUGAAGCUCCUAUCAAAAUUUGUGGCGACAUACACGGUCAAUAUUCUGAUCUUUUAAGGCUUUUUGAGUAUGGUGGAUUGCCUCCAGAGUCUAACUACUUAUUUUUGGGGGAUUAUGUUGAUCGAGGGAAGCAGAGUUUAGAAACAAUUUGCCUUCUCCUUGCUUAUAAGAUUAAAUAUCCUGACAACUUUUUCCUAUUGCGAGGAAAUCAUGAAUGUGCUUCCAUAAAUCGGAUUUAUGGUUUUUACGAUGAGUGCAAGAGAAGGUUUAAUGUAAGAUUAUGGAAGACAUUUACUGACUGUUUCAAUUGCCUUCCUGUGGCAGCUCUUAUUGAUGAAAAGAUAUUUUGUAUGCAUGGGGGUCUUUCUCCUGACUUACAUAAUUUGGAUCAGAUUAGAAAUCUACAACGUCCCACUGAUGUUCCUGAUACUGGUUUGCUUUGCGAUCUUCUUUGGUCCGACCCAAGCAAAGAUGUUCAAGGAUGGGGAAUGAAUGACAGGGGAGUUUCGUAUACGUUUGGUGCUGAUAAAAUCACGGAGUUUCUUGAGAAACAUGAUCUUGACCUAAUUUGCCGCGCUCAUCAGGUUGUGGAGGAUGGAUAUGAGUUCUUUGCUGAUCGACAGCUCGUAACAAUAUUUUCAGCACCUAAUUAUUGUGGGGAGUUUGACAAUGCCGGUGCUAUGAUGAGUGUUGAUGAGACACUAAUGUGCUCUUUCCAAAUAUUAAAGCCCGCCGAUAAAAAAACAAAGCUCAAUUUUGGAAGUACAACUACUGCUAAGCCUGGAAACUCUCCGGCAGGUGUAAAGUCCUUCCUUGGUGCAAAAGUAUGAUAUUAAGCCGUGUUAUAAAGAUUGUUGCGUAACUUCUAGUCUGCCUGGCCUUGAGCUCCCAAUGGUUGCAAGAAAAGUUGAGGUCCAUUCCGUCCACUAUGAUAUUUGGAAUUGUAAAAUCAAAGGGAAAACACGAUCAUGUACUUUGUAAACCAUUGUUUUUUUAUCGGUACAAAUUCACAUUUUGAGAUGGAGUCAUAGUCUCUAUCUUCAGUUGUACACGAAGAGUUGGUAUAUUUUCUGAAUUGUAAGCUUCUCAAGCGUAGAAGAAUAUAUGUGGCUGAGAACCAUUUAAAAAUGCUUAUAUGAGGCUGGUAAGACUGAAUUAUCUCUGAUUCCCAGUAUACUUCUCAUAUUUACUUAUGUGGGAAAUCUUGUUUUAGUUCAGGAUCUUCUACAUUUUAACUUGAUUUCCUUCAUAAACUUCGAGUCAGUUUCAUGUGUAUUGAUUUUGUCAGUUCUGAUAUAGAAUCUCAAAAGAAAAAUGUUCCUUGGCUG